AUGCAGCAGAAUCACUCGCCGCACGUUGGCACCCAGCCAAACGGCGACGCCGCAGUCCAGUCAACCACAGGGUUACAAAACGCUUCGGAAGUGAGCUCGCUGCUCCCGCCCGUCGCGCCCUCCGUGUCCGACUACCUGCCAGACCCCCCCCCCGUGUCCGCUCGGAGCAAGAAGGCGUCGAGCGGUCAGCCUGCCAAGAAAAGCCAUUCCAAACACCGCCACCAUCGCUCACCGGACAAGAAAAGCAAGCGCAAGGGGGGGAAGUCGACCGGCAAGGAUGACAAGGGCAAGAGCACCUCCAAAGACGGCCGCCACCACCACCACCAUCACUCCAACAACCCGUCCUCCGGGCAGCCCCGAACCGGACGCCAUCGCUCUCCGGACCGCACGGGACGCUCCCGCAGCGCAGAGAACACGCUCGACCCGCGACGCACGGCGGCGCCCGCGAAGGGCCGCUCCCCGGAGAGACGGCGCCACCGCUCCCCGCACCGCUCGCCGUACCGCUCCCCGCACCGCACCGCCCACCGCUCCCCUCAUCGCUCCCGGCAACACUCGCCCCGUCGCUCGCCCUACCGCUCCCCGCGCCAGUCCCCGCGCCGCCGCCACGCCCACUCCUCGGACCCCUACCAGCGCCGCAGCAGCCCCGACCGCUACGCCGCCCAGGGCAACCACAAGCCCAACGGGGGGGCGCCCGCGCUCCGGGAGCCCCGCAGAUCCCUGGACCUACCCAGCACCCUGCCGGACAGCGUCCUCCGGGAGCCCCCCAGCAGGGAGGGCACGCCGGGGCGCUUCUACAAGGAGGACGGUCCGCUGCCCAGGGCCUCGUCCCUGGAGGGGUCCUACCGGCCUGCCGCCAGCCUCCUGAGGGAGGCGCCGCUGCGGGGGCCCUUCGGGGACCUCAGCCUGCCCAGGGUGCGCACCCCCGACUCGGACUCGGCGUACAAGCGGUACAGCUCCCUGCUGCGGAGCGACUCCCCCGAAAGGGUGGGCCGCUCGUCCAGCAGGGACCCCUACCCCGAGCCGAGGAACCGAGGCCGUAGCCCGGGCCGGGACGCCUCCCCCGUCAGCAGCUUUAGGCGGGACGGACGGGCGGAGCCGGACGAAGAUUCCUACGACGACGAUGACGAUGACGACCUUGUGGCGGACAAGGUCAGGGAGUACUACAGCACGCUCAAGUCCGACCCCAGGCGCUCCUCCGGCAGCGCCACCCUCAAGUCUGAAGCCACCCGCUCCUCCGCCAACACCACCCUCAAGUCGGAACCCGCCCGCCCCUCCGCCGUCGCCUCGCUCCCAGAGCCCAAGAAGAAGACCUACAAGGACAGCCCCAAGGACCUGAGCAUCUGAUUGGCCGGCUGGCUCUGACACCACACUGCCACCGCAAAGCACCUCAAGUUGUUCACCUCCCCCGUCUCCCCGAUGGUUCUUCCUUUGCUUGUCCCCACGUCACACGCAAACACACGUGCACAAAUACGAUCACAACACACACACACACACACACACAUGCGCACGCGUGCAUGCAGUCCCUCAGACAAGCACACGGAAAUACGGAAAUCCCUACGAGACGGACCCAAAAACACCCAAACCCCUGGAAGAAAUCGAAAUUAUGUGACAUGGUUACACGGUUAAAACCAGACAGUGAUUCCUGAAUAACUUUUCGAAGUUGAUUUUUAUUUGUAUUGUACAAUUGUCUUUACUUUGGGAGGUGGGUGUGGCUGUUUUUUGCAAUUAGUUUUUGUUUUGUUUUCCUUUUACGUUUUUGUUUAGCAUUGUACAUUUACAGUAUCUCAGAUUUUCCAGAAAAGUUAAAACCACAAAAAACAAUGAUGUGCCUAACAAGUUCCAUUAACU